AUGGGAACCACCUCUGUCCGUCGGAACCUCUUCCACCACCAUCUCAGUCGCCGCCCCGUAUCAACCGCACCCCCCAAUCCCUCCAUGCCGAGCGGUACAGCCAGCGGAGUCUCCAGCCUUUCCUCGCAUAUUAUAGCUCCUGCUGCGAACGAGUCCACCUCCUCGUUAAGCUCGGGGUCCGGAGAUACGGGAGAGAUCGUGGUCCGGGACAAGAACGGCGGCUAUAAGCUCGACGUCCCCGUUCUUCCACCCGUCGUUGGAGAAGACGGCGAUGAGAUGGAGGGUGUGGAGGGCAGCGGUGCUACUGGAGGCUCCGCUGCUACAGGGGCGGACUCUACGGCGCAGACGGAAAUCAGUGGCCGUGAGAAAGAAACCUGA